GAAGAAGAGAAAAACAUAAUAUAAAUUUAUCUAUUUACUACUAUUAUCCAUUUACAACUAGUAUUUUUCCGUUCAGCGAUUACAUUUGAGUCAUGACGGAUAAUGGAAAAACUAAGAUUCCAACAAAUGAGGAAAUCAUUAAUGAAAUUACCGAGGAACUCCAGGAGAAAUUAAGCGCAGACGAUAUUGAACAAGGGUUACCCACAAAUAAUUCAAAUGAAGGUAUUCCUCAGGAUUUUGAAAAUAAUGAAUCAGAUUCUACCGCCCUACCAGAUGAUUACAUUGAUGAAGAACAGUUGAAGACUGCUGAACUGAAUCUUACAGACGAAGAAAAAGAGCAAAGGCACGAAAAAGCUCUGGAACUUAAAAACAAAGGUAAUGAACAGUUUAAAUCAGGAUUGCAUCUGGAAUCUGUAUAUACUUACACUGAGGCUUUAAAAUUAUGCCCUUUAUCAUAUGAAAAUGACAGAUCUAUAUUUUAUGCAAACAGAGCUGCGUCAAAAAUUUCACUAGCUCGUAAAGAAAGUGCUAUUGAUGAUUGCACAAAAGCUAUAGAAUUAAAUGACAAAUAUGUUAGAGCUUAUUUAAGGAGAGCUAAACUCUAUGAAGAAACCGACAAAUUAGAUGAAAGUUUAGCAGAUUAUAAAAAAGUAUUAGAGUUUGAUAAAACUAAUAAAGAGGCUCUACAAGCACAGUAUAGAUUACCUCCAUUAAUUACUGAAAAAAAUGAAAAACUUAAAACAGAGAUGUUAGGAAAACUGAAAGAUUUGGGAAACAUGAUUUUAAAGCCUUUCGGGCUUUCCACAGAAAAUUUCCAGAUGAAACAGGAUCCAAAUACAGGUGGCUAUUCUGUUAAUUUCACUCAGAAUAAGUGAUGUAAUUCUUUAAUCAACUAUUUAUGCAACAUUUUGAUAAAACUUUCGAAAAUGCAAAUGAACUAAACUUGGGUGUAAAAUAUACUUUAAACUUCUUUUUCAUAAUUUUAUGAUACCAAAUAGUUCAUAGGUUGGGAUCUAAGUGUGAUUCGUAGGUAGUCAACCAUUUAUAAGCAGUACUAAUUAUAUUAUGUGUAUAUAUCUGUUGUAAAAUAAAUAUUGUAGUGAAUGAA